AUGAAAGAAGCCUUCGUUGACAAGACCGGCACGGUCGCGAUCCGAGAUGCCGAGGUCCCCGUUCCUCAGCCGGGCCAAGUGCUUAUUCGCGUGGUGGUUUCUGGGACCAACCCAAAGGACUGGAAAAUGCCCCGCUGGCGUGCCGAUGCGCCUCCAUUCCACCAAGGUGAUGAUAUUGCGGGCUACGUGGAGUCCGUGGGCGAGGGGGUAGUUGGGUUCAGAAAGGGGGACAAGGUUGCUGCGUUCCAUGAGAUGAUGUCGCCGCAUGGGAGUUAUGGAGAGUAUGCGAUCGCAUGGGAGCACACGACUUUCCAUUUAACCUCGAAAACAAGCUUUGAAGAGGCCGCUACUAUCCCUCUUGCUGCGAUGACCGCGGCGCUGGGUCUCUUUCAAAGGUUGAGCCUGCCACUACCGUGGAAUCCGACCAGCGAGCCUUUGCCUUUGGUGAUAUACGGGGGAGCCACCGCAGUGGGAGCGUUUGCGAUCAAGUUCGCGACCUUGUCCAACAUUCACCCAUUGAUCGUGGUAGCCGGCAAGGGAGCCUCGUUCGUUGAGGACCUCAUCGACCGAUCCAAGGGCGACACCAUCAUCGACUAUCGCGAAGGCGACGAAGCAGUACGAGCAAAGAUCAAGACCGCAGCUGGCAGCAAGCCCAUUCACCACGCCUACGAUGCAGUCUCCGAGCAUGGUAGCUAUCUGAACCUCAGCGCCGCUCUCACUGCACCGGCCACCAUCACCACCGUCUUCCGCACGAAAGACGGUGAUGAGAUCCCCGACGGCAUCAAGAUUGCCAGGACCAUGGUUGGAUCAGUACACAUGGAUCCCGCACCAGGCAAGACCAUCGAAGACCGCGAAUUCGGCGCUGCAUUCUUCCCAUUCAUCGGGCGCGGGUUAGCUCAGGGAUGGUUCUCGGGACACCCAUAUGAAGUGCGCCCGGGUGGAUUAAACGGACUCGAGGGGGCACUGCGAGACCUGGAAGCGGGCAAGGCGUCGGCGGUGAAAUAUGUGGUGCGCAUCGCGGAGACCGACGGAGUAUCGCAGUAA